AUGGGCAUGAACAUGGCUCCUACGCAUCAACAAGAGCAUACCGCUCACGUGGCAGAGAAGGUGAUGAGGAGGAUCGAAAUAGCAAAGGUUGCCAGGAAUCUUCAGGAUUGCCUCGCUUUUGCAAGCUUUAAAGCUCAAAAUGGCUGGCAGGACCGCACUUUGAGCACAAUCGAACCAGAAUUAGCAGAAAAGCUUGGAAAGAGAAAGAGACCUUUUCCCGACGACCUUCAUGCAUCGGAUUCUUCAUCGGGUAUCUCGACGACCACUACAACCUCACAUCAUCCUACCCAUUCAAUCCCUGCACAGUCCUAUGCCGAAUCAAGAAAAAGAGCUCGUGCCUUUUCCAACUCCGGAGCAUCAAAGCUCGAAGAUCAAAGCAACUGGAGACAGACCAAUGGACUGACACAAGCUUCACCUAUGCUUGAAAGACCCACCACCAUAGACUCAUCCUUCCCAUCGUUGGAGGACUCGCCUAUGUUUGAUGCUCCCUCUGCUUCGGACGAUGAAGACCAAGACUACAUGGUACCUUCCAUACAGGAACCGUCGAGUAGUAUCAUCUCGUCAUCACCUCCGCGUACCCCUCCACCAGCCCGCCGUAGCCUUGCAAGCACAAAGCAAGCUGGUGCCGAUUUGCUGCUCUAUCUCGCACACUCACCUCGCACUCCUGCUGUGCAUGUACACCAUAUCUCCAGCGUCACCAAAGGCAUGCCUUCUACCCCUCCUCAUCAACAUACAAAUCUACCUUCUUCUGUCAUGCAAACUCCCGGCACCCUUGGACUCUUCAAUGGCGCCUUGCAGACCCCUGGCAAUUUCAAUCUUGCUGAGUUCUGCAACGUCACACCAUCCCCUGCCCAGACGCAGUUCACCCGUUACGAAACUCCGGCUCUAGGCCCAACUCCGUGCCGCUCGACUAGACGAAGCUUGAAUUUUGACACUCUACUUCCACCCUCACCAUCAGGUCAAAGAAGGCAAGGCUUUGCACUACAACUUGGCGAGGAGCUUGAAAGACAACGAAUUUAA